CGGCACCAGCAGCGGGCCGUCUGGGCGCUCCGAGCGGCAACUGAGCAACUGCGAAACAACAUCACUCCGAAGAGAAGCUUAGAUCUGAUCUGAAUUCGAAAUCGAAAAACCGGUACUAUCUCACAUGAGUUAAAAUCCGAGGGAGCUACUAAGAUAUAUCGCCCAAUUUAAUUAACUAGUUUUGCUUUGUAUCCUGCGACACAGCCGCAGUUGCAGCCCGAGGUGCAGCAAGGAUGGAUGCGCAGCAGAAGAGGAACAUCGUCAUUGUUGGCGGCGGCAUCAUCGGAUGCACCACGGCCUAUUACCUUACACGCCAUCCCAAGUUCAACCCGGCCUUGCACACCGUCACCCUCCUCGAAGCGACCGCCAUUGCCUCGGGCGCAUCUGGCAAAGCCGGCGGGCUAUUGGCGCUAUGGGCAUAUCCGACCUGUCUCGUACCGCUAUCAUACCGUCUACACAGGGAACUGGCAGCCGAACACAACGGCGCAAAGCGAUGGGGCUACCGCCGUCUGGGAUGCGGCAGCUUGGCUGCCGUAGUUAAAGCGAAUGAUUUAGAAUCGAGGCCAUCAAAUCCCCCGCCACCUUCAGCGAGUAACGGUACCAAUGGCGACCUCCCUAUACAAAGUGCCGUUUCAGAGGAGACGACGGGGGAGUGGGAGAAGCUCCCAAAACAAGACAGCAGGGCGGCCGGUUUACUACAAGAUUCCCCCUUGCCGUCCGACCUAGAUUGGAUCGAUGGCGGGUUAGUCCAUCAAUACGACGAGAUGGGCUCCCCAGGGUCGACCGAAACAUCCCAAGUUCACCCCUUCUACUUCACCAACGCUAUGGCCGACUUAGCAAAGGAGAAAGGGGCCGACAUCCGGCUGCGGGCUAAAGUCACCAAAAUCCACGAUACUAGGAUAGCUGGCGUGCACAGCGUCGCCUAUGAGGACCGCGAUACAGGGGAAUCACACACCAUCACCCACGUAACCGACGUCAUCGUAGCAGCGGGACCGUGGACGGGGAAGCUGAUCCCGCGGACGAGAGUCGAAGGCUUGCGGGCCCACAGCGUGGUCUACGAAGCCGACGUGAGUCCCUACGCUGUUUUUACCGAUAUCCAACUGCCAGCCGACUACAUUCCCGACCACCGCGCCGGCAAGGGCCAGAAACGACGCCAUAGGGGGAAUGUCGACCCGGAGAUAUAUGCCCGUCCCUUCGGGGAGGUGUACGCAUGUGGCGAAACCGACAACAUGAUCCCCCUUCCCGCUACCGCCGACGAGGUCUCCGUUGACCAAUCCCAAUGCGACGACCUCCUGGCCUAUAUCGCCACCGUUUCCCCCGCCCUGGCCGCCGCCCCCGUCAAGGCCCGCCAGGCUUGCUAUCUGCCGCAGCACAUCCGUUUCGGCGAGCAACGUGGCCCAUUGAUCGGCCCGACGUCUGUGCCGGGUUUGUGGGUCGCCGCGGGGCACACUUGCUGGGGGAUACAGAACGGCCCGGGGACGGGCUACCUCAUGGCGGGAAUGGUAUUUGGGGACAAGACGGAUGAGGGGGUGGGGCGGUUGGAUCCGAGGAAGUUUAAGGUUUGAGGUUGGGGGUAUCUGUUUACGUGGUUUAAAGG